AUGUGGCAUGGACGAAACGGAAAAUGGCAACAGGCGUACUGUCCGACAAGAAAGUCCCCGUCAAGAAAGUCCAAGAAGAAAGAAGAGAGGAAGAUCUACAGGACGGUUGUGCGUUCUGUUGCCAUUUACGAACGCGAGUGCUGGCCGACGACGAAAGCCUUGGAAAGAUUGUUGCACGCUAUGGAGAUGCGGAUGUUGAGGUGGACGAUAGGUGUAACGCUAAAAGGCAAAGUAUCCAACGACACUGUACGCUCCAUCUUCGGCGUCAUACCGAUAACUGAGAAGAUGAAGGAGGCGCGACUGAGAUGGUUUGGUCACGUCUUGCGGCGAGAAAAAGAUUCUGUUGUCAAAACCGCUCUGAAGCUCGACGUUUCUGGCGUGAGGGAGGCCAAAGAUUCGCUGGUUGGACCGUGUGAAGCUGGAUAUGAUAGAUGCGUGUUUGUGUAA